AUGUCUUAUGCCGAAGUAGCCGCCAAGGGCCCGGAACAAUCCGCAGAAGAGGUACGUUACAUCUCUCCCCAUAUCUUCUCUGCCGCCAAUGAACUUGCAUUUAUUAGUAUCAGGACUAACACUCCAGUUAGGCGUGGGGUCUAUAAGGACGAAUCUGAGAGCACUGCCUCGUUAGUCGAUGUAGAUUCGCAACACGUCACUGUCGUGGAUUCGAAUUUUCUAGACCAAGACAUCAAGACCACCACUCAAGCCGAGCGGAUAGAGCGGGAAGAGUCUGAGGAAAACAAGAAAGCGAGAGAAGAACGAAAAGCUAAGGCCAAGGCCAAGGCUAAGGCUUCUGGCGUGUGUCGCAACUUGGAUAAUCCGGUUUAUAUCGGCAAUGCUGUGCUCCUAAGCUUGGUGGGCGCAGGACUGGGGUUCGGUGCAUACCGGAAACAUGUCGGAGGCAAACUCUCCUGGGAGCUGAUUGGACUUUGGUCCGGUGCUGUUGGAGCAUUUGGUGCGGUUGAUUAUUUCGUCAGCAAGUGGUUUCUCCAAAACAAGUACCCUCCCAAAUAG